AUGCCGAUCCAGGGCGUCAUUGUGGGCUUCAUCACAGCAGUGCUGGUGGCGAGAGCGAGCUGUCACAACAUCCAGUAUUUCCGGCAACUUCGACCGACGGUCCACGCCGUCCCAGCCCACCCCGCACCGCUCAUUCACGCGACCUUCCCGCAGAAACACAGCAUUUUCCCAGCACCACUGCUACCUCACAGAUCUUUCCAUCAAGUCCUGUUACCAGUGGUUCACAGGAUCCCGGCACCACCGCAACCAACUUACGUGGUCCACCCUCCCUACGUGCCCACCAAGGUACUGGCCGCUCCCCAAGUUGUACUGCCACCGCCACCGGUGGUGACCCAGCACCGGUCCGUGAUUGUGUCUGGCGUCGUGAACCAUCCCACGCCACAGCGGCACGUGGUGGUCGCCGAUUAUCCGCAAAACCUCCCCGUAGUCGUACCACCGGUCCACCCUUUCGUUGUUGUACCAGACUACUUCCCGCGACCGGCACCCGUCGCAACGGUCCCCGCGGUACCGCUCCAACCGAAAUUCAUUCAGCUUCUGCCAACUCCACCCAACAUAACAAACCCACCGGCGCCAAUCAAAAUCCAAGAAGUGCCGGUACUACCGGACGCGGCACCGCCCAAGCUCAGUUACGUGGUACACCACCACACCAAGCUGGUACAAGUGGCACCCCCGCCGCCUCCCCCUCCCCCUCCUCCACCGCCACCUCCGCCACCGCCGCCGGUUCAUCCCGAGCCCGUGGUCCAACGGCUGGUACCCGCUGCCGAGGUGGUUCAGCCGGUGGCAGCGGUUCACGUGACGCCCGUCCAGCAGGAGAGGCAAGUCCACGUCAUCCGAGAGGUCGUCCGACCGACGUACGUCAUCGAAAGACUGUCGAAGAAGCAGCGCAAAUUCCGCAAGAUCAAGAUGCUGAAGAACUGCAGCCUUCUCAAGAAGCUCAAGCACCAGUUCGGCACGAGUGCCGAGAACUACGAGCUGCUUGACGACGUCCACAGCCCGUUCCGCCAAGAUGUGCACUGGGACGCUUACGGUCACGUACACGCGCCGCAGAGUUUGGGCGUCGAGGUGUACAGGCCGUUUCACGGACACUUGCCGACCUUCUACAAGAGAAAGGGUCGGUAAAUGCAGCGUGUACCAUGUAGCUCGCUCCGUUUUUCUCACUCUUUCCAAAAAACAAUUUUCAGCCCUUUCUUGCGAACCCUUGUGAUGCGUUGUCACAAAGCUCAACCAAGCCAAAGAUUAACGGUUCCGCUGAAGGCAUGCAAGAGCAAAGAAACACCGAAUGGUUCUGGAAAGCCUAUUUAAUUAAGCGCAGUAACAGGAUGUUUAACGAGAAGCUUGAAUUUGUGUGUGUGUGUAUUUAAUGUCACGCGCGACAUACAAUG